CCGAUACUAAUGUGAAUGUACAACUGUUUGAUAGAUCCGGUAGCGACUAGCCCGGUAGUGACCAAGCCCCGUCAGCUCUCCGACUCCGACUGGCUGCUGUUGGAGGCCUUGGACGGCCGUGGGUCACGACACCCCCGCACCGGCCGCUUUCUUACAAUGCACAAGAGGCGGCGGAAACGCUUGACCACUCGCUCCCUCUCGCAGGAUACGCCAGCCCUGCUUGACGACAUUCAUCACGGCGUUGUCCAGUGUGUGUUGGACCGAGUCUGGCAAUGGCCGUUCAACGCGUUUACACUCGACAAUGUUACCGGAGGGAGAUCACUGCCAGUUUUGUGUGUUCAUCUGUUCCACUGGUACGGGCUCAUGGAACACUUCAGCUUAGAUGCUGUUAGAGUCUGGAAAUUAUUUAGUUUAGUAGAAGAAGGCUAUCAUAGUACAAAUCCUUAUCAUAACUCUAUUCACGCUACAGACGUUACACAGGCAAUGCAUUGUUUUCUUCAGGAGGAAAAGAUUCGACAACAUCUGACCCCUCUGGAGAUCAUGUCUUCCCUGAUAGCUGCCGUAACUCAUGAUCUAGAUCAUCCUGGAGUCAACCAACCUUUCCUGAUAGCUACAUCCAACCAUCUGGCUGCACUCUAUGAGAACACCUCAGUGUUGGAGAACCAUCACUGGAGGUCAGCCAUCGGUUGCCUGCUGGAGAGCCAUCUAGUAGAGGAUUUGACAGAUGUGAGGGCUGAGCUAGAGCAGCAGAUUAGCUCUCUAAUCUUGGCUACAGAUAUCACCCGCCAACAGGAGUUCCUCAACAAGUUCAAGAGAUACUUGGACCAGAACUUGCUAGACAUGAGUCAGCCAGACCUAAGGCAUUUCAUCCUACAAAUAGCACUAAAGUGUGCCGAUAUCUCAAACCCAUGUCGCCCAUGGGAAGUCAGCCGCAAAUGGUCUCAGAAGGUGUGUGAGGAGUUCUACCGGCAAGGUGACUAUGAGAGACAGUUAAACUUGCCCGUCACCUCGUUGUGUGACCGUCUCUCCACCUCUGUGCCCAAGAUACAAGCAGGAUUCUUCCGUUUUGUGGUGGCACCACUGCUGGAAGAAUGGCACAGGUUCCUGGGCACGCCCCUGUCACAGAGCAUGAUGGGACACCUGAGGGACAACCAAGAGCGCUGGGAGAAUCUUCUCCAACAGGAGUUAGCCGAAGAGACUCGAACUGAAAUCAGUGAAGCAGAAGAGAUCCCUGAGGAUGACUUGGACAAUGGAGUAGAGGAGGAGGAGAGCAGACGACUGUCAGUCACAAGUACCGGAGUUGGUGACAGGGUGGGAAGAAGACACAGUGUACCAUUGAGUGUGACCAGAGCACCUGUACUGCCACUGACAGUAAUACGUCGGGAGAGUCUGCCGGUAGUAGAUCAGAGACGGCGAUUCACGCUUACGGUGGGGCCCUUGCUGCACCUGGAAGAGGAAGAGGACCUACAGCUCUCAUUGAUGUCCUCGGGAAGUAGUGGGGGACCUUCAGAGUGUCCAGGGAGUACAGAGGAGCGGCCGGUUAGUGCAGAGAAUCUUUUACCAGAUCUGAGCAUCGCCAGUAUCACGACGAGCGUGGAGGCAUCACGACUAUCAAGCGUGCUGCACGGAACCACUCUGGCACCACCGUCACGCCUCACACGUCAACAGACCUUCCCACCACUGCAGCCAUAUGUGCGUGUGCGCUACAUGUCUACAACAGGCGAGCUCAACGCAGACACCUCCUCCUCCAGCAGUGAUCGGUCACGGACAGGCGAACCGUUGAAACGUGACUCGAGUGAUGAUUCCAGUGGUGAGAAAGCAGUGAAAAUGGCAAAACUCAAUAGAGAGAAGGAGAAUGUUGAUCCACAACACGAGUUGGACAUGGAGAUUGCAUCCUUGAAAUCUAGAAGAAAUAUUCCUCAGAGCUUGGCACGACGGCGAGGGUCAGCUCCAGUAGGGCUGCUACGAAUGGAUGACCAGGCAGUCCGUCACGCCAAUGACCGCCGAGGCUCUGUACCCACCGCCAUUGCCAUUGCCGCACACUCAGGUGUCUUGAGACCCCAGAAUGCAGCGUUGCUGAGCAUGCCCCGCCGAGCAUCACUCCCGUAUGACACCCCCCCUCCCUUCAGGUAACGGCAUGCUCGCCCACCACACUGAAAAUAUCUACUGUCGCUGUCACUUGCAUCCACUUGAGCUUGCACUUUGGUUACGUUGUUUGCGAUUUAGUCCCAUAGACUUGUUUUUUCUCGCUAGAUGUUGUGUUUGCCACUUGAAGAUUACACUUCACUUUUUUGUUCGCAUUGUAAAAUUAAUCUGCAACAGUCUGCGCUGUUGAUGUGGAGGCUACAUUUGUUGAAAACGGUUGGUCAGUACUCAGUAGAUAUUUUUAGUGUGUUUUCUAAUGUAGUAAUAAUUUUGUGGCCUUCUUGGUGCCCUUUCAUUAUCAACAUUUUAAAAGUAAUCUUUGUUUUUUAAUAUUACCACCCCAAAAGUACCAAGAUAUAUUUAGUUAUAAGUAUAGUUUUCAGAAAUUAUGUAGGCUUAAAAGUUUUAUUUAGCUGUCCACUACUAAACUAAGCCACCUGCUUUAGUAAAUUGUUACAGUUGUUAACAGGUAGUAUAAGAAUUACAAUAAUGACAUAAUUUAGUAAUGUUAAGAAUCAAGUCAAUCGUUAGAGAAUAUCACCCAAUUUCAAUAAUUCAAGUUCUUUAGACUGACCAAGGUGUAAGUACGGCAAAAUACCUCUCUGUGAUAAGUACCUGUAAAUUUAUAUAAAAAGCUAUAUUUUUAAAAUAUAAUUAAUUAAAUUAAGAAAUUGUAGGCCAUAUAAUAGGAAACAAAUAAAUGAGAUCUAAAUCUUCCCUAAAUUCAAAACAUUAAAAAAUCGUGCAAUGUAAAACAAAUUUAAAAAGGGUGGAACAUUAAGGGUAUUUGAUAGUUGAGAGUAGGAUGUUUAGUCUGUUUAGGUACACAUGUGCUGAACCAAAGCCUGUAGGACACAAGAAUGUGAUAAUCAAUACUUACUUGAUACUUAUUAUCUGCAUCCCUGACCAGGUAGCUGGAUCGAUGGCGUCAAAAAAUUUUAGCCAUGUACAAGACAUUUUGUUAAAAAUUUCAAUGUGUAGUACAUAUUGUUACAAGUUAAAUUUUCAUUUGUGUAAGCAUAGGUGUGUAAUAUAAUUAAAAAAGUGCUUGAUAAAAAAAUGUCUGUUGGUUCACAUACACAGUGUAAAAUUAAAAAUUGAUGGAUAUGAGCCUGUAAUAAAAGUGUGAAGAGAGCUAGUUCUUACAAGUUUCAUAUAUUAUUCAGCUAAUUGUAAGUGUGUAAUAAAUAUAUUUUUUUAAGUGAGAAUAAAGACUAAUACAGCUCAAAAUAAGGCAAUAUGUCAUGAUCUUAAAACUCAUGUAGGUGGACUGCGUGAUCAGGAGAACGAGAUUUUUAAUUAAUUAAUGCAUUGAAUCAAUAUACUAAACAGAAAGUCUACAUAUGUAUAACUUCAUAUGUAACA